AACAGGGGGAAAAACAGUCUGACUAUAAACCGCAUUCUGUAACAUCUCUUGUCAGAUGGGCCUCCAGCACAAAUGCUUCAAAAUGACUUGCUAGCAGUUAGGAUUUUACACACACAGAUUUCAUUAAUUUUUAUACGAAAUCAAAAUGGAUAAUGAAAGUAUGGAUUCGAUUACGAGUCGAAUCCAAAAACUGGAGAAGCUGAUGCAAGGAGAAAUCCAAGAGGCUGGCAUAUUGGAUUCAUUAGUGAACCAUCAGGGGCUCUUGGAUUGUUUAUAUGUUUUAUUUAACGAAUGCCAGACACAAAACUUAUUGAAAAACAAAUAUGUUUAUGAGUUUGUGAAGAAAUACAAGAAAACUGUCCAGGAAAUAGCAAAACUCCGGUUAAAAGCUACAGAUUUUGAAGUGAAGGAAAUCAUUGGCCGUGGUCAUUUCGGGGAGGUUCGUGUGGUGCGUGAGAGAUAUAGUGGCACUGUCCAUGCUAUGAAAAUGCUGGAGAAAAGUAAAACUCUAGCUCAAUCUGAUGUGUCUUUCUUCUCCGAAGAGAAAGAAAUCAUGGCUAAAGCUGACAGUUGCUGGAUAACAAAACUUCACUACACCUUUCAGGAUGCUAAUUAUCUGUACUUUGUCAUGGAAUUCUAUCCUGGAGGAGAUUUACUAUCUCUAUUAUCAAGAUACAAUGAUAUUUUUGAUGAAAAAAUGGCUCGAUUUUAUCUGACAGAAAUGGUCCUUGCUAUUAAUGCUGUCCAUUCUUUGGGGUACAUUCACAGAGAUAUUAAACCAGAGAAUGUAUUGCUUGAUAGAAAUGGACACAUCAGACUUGCUGAUUUUGGUUCUGCUGCAAAAAUGUCAUCCAAAAAUUUGGUGUCUUCACACAUACCAGUUGGUACUCCUGAUUAUGUUGCACCAGAACUACUAAAGAUGAACACAGCUAGUAGUGUGCAGCGAUACAGUGUUGAGGUAGACUGGUGGUCAUUGGGAGUGUGCGGCUAUGAAAUGCUUUAUGGCGUCACUCCAUUCUCCAGCAGCGAUAAUUCAAAAUCUGUGACCUACAACAAAAUUAUGAAUUACCAGCAUUAUCUAAAGUUUCCGUCCAGUGAGAUCUCCAAAGACGCUGUAGAUUUGCUCCAACACUUGCUGACUGAAGCAAAAUACCGUCUUAAUUACCAGAGCUUGCUUGUUCAUCCAUUCUUUGCAACUAUGAAUUGGCAGAACAUACGGAAUGAAAAAUCUCCUUUUAUACCAAGUGUGAGUAGUUUAGAUGAUACCUCCAAUUUCGAUGAAUAUGAAAGGCUGCCACCACAACCAAAAUAUGAUGACCCUAAAUUGCGUCGAGAUUUCAGUGGCAAAGACUUGCCUUUUGUUGGUUUCUCUUACUUUGGUUCCACCAAAGAUGAAUCUACGGAUUCUUCUGGAGUGACAUCUGGAGUGACAUCUUCUGAGUUUGAUGAAAGUUCUGAUGAUGGUAAACCAUCUAACGUAAAGCUGACACUGACUGUAAAUGUCAAAGAACACCAGAAGAUUGCAGAACGCUGUAAUGAGCUGGAGUCUAACGAGAGCCUAUUACGUGCAGAACUGGAGGAGCUGAGGCAUGUGGUUGACAGAAAGGAGUUAACUAUUCAGAGACUGCAGGAGGACAAACUUUCAUUGACCAAAGAUCUAUCAAAUUGUGCAGAUAAAUCAAAUGUUCUUGCUAAACGGUUGGAACAAGAAAUAGAGGCCAAAGACCGGGUGCAUAAGCAAGGCCUUAGUAUAUUAAAUGACAUCAAUAAAUUCAACAGUGAAGCCGAAGACAUCAAAUGUGCAAUCACCCAUGCAAAAUUGGAUGAGCUGAAGCAAGUAAUUAAAGUGCUGGAAGGCCAAAAUUCUGCGAUGGUGAAGCAGCUGUUCAAUAAAGAUCGAACAUUGAUUGAAUGUCAAAAACAUUUGUUGAGCACUCAAGAGCAGUUGGAGAAAGCCAAAGACAGAUUAGAAAAGGAAAGGAAAAAAUCCAUGGAUGAACAACGUUGGGAAAAUACACGGAUCAGAAACUUGGAAGAUAGCUGGAGACAUCAAAUGCAAAUUAAGGAUGAUGAGAUUAAACGUUUACAAGGCCGAAUCGAUGACUUGAACCAUCAGAAUGCUAAAACGUCAAAAUGCCACAUCUGUCAUGAUGGUAAGCUUCUAAAUAAAGCAGAGAAACUUACUGAGGACAUGAGCAAGAAAUAUGAAGAUGAGAAUAAACUGAGGAUACAUUUGGAGAAAAAGCUUGAUGAACAGCUGAAAAAGCAGAUGACAAAUGACAAAUGGUUAUCUGAUUCAACUGAGUCACUGAAGGAUGAAUUGGCUGAGAACCAGAAAACUAUUGCACACCAGGAUAAAUUAAUAAAGGAAUUAUUAGAAAAAGCUGAUAAUCAAGAAAUGACUUGGAAGAGAAUUUCUGAAGAUCUGGAAUUAAAAAUAAAGGUUUUGGAAGAUGAAUCGAAUAAACUAAGAACUAAAGAAAAAUCCAAUGCUGAACUGAAGUUGAGUUUACUCCAACAGGUGAAUACCUACCAAGAAGAAGUGAAGCAGCUGCGUAACCAGUUGCAGGCAGUGACUGACAAAAUUACAAGAGAAGAGGAAUCGGUUACAUUAGAACUUGAAAAUAAAAUUGAGGAACUGAGAAAGCAAUUAGAAAAGCAGAGUAACGAGAAGGAAUUGUCAUAUGAACGAGAAAAACAACAUUUACGAAAAAUCAAGGAGCUGGAAAACAUUCUUGAUGAUAAGGAGAAUCUGAAAGCAAACAAUGAACAGCGGCUUCUGACAAAGAUUAAGGAACUAGAGAAUCAGUUAGACCAAGAAAAUGUGGACAAUAAGUUACUGGAGAGCAAGGAACAACGACUUCUAGAAGAACUAAAGACUUUAGGAACUGAGUUGGAUCAUGCCAAUGCUGGUCGGAAAAUGGUGGAAAGUAAAGAACAGCAGCUCAUUGAUAAAAUAAAAAAUUUGGAAAAUCAGUUAGAAAGUGUAGAAAGUAGCAAAAAAACACUGGAAAACAAAGAACAACGUUUUACUGAUAAGAUAAAGGCAUAUGACCAUGAUCUAGAACAGGAAAAAAUUGGUAGGAAACUUGCUGAGAAUAAAGAGAAGCGUUUACAAGAAUCUGUUAAGUCUCUUGAGAACAAGUUGGAUGAUAUUACAUCUUCUAAAAAACAAUUUGAGAACAAAGAUCGUCGCAACUUGGAGAAGAUCAAGCAACUGGAGACUCAAUUAGAAAAAGAGUCAUCAGACAGAAAGUUAGCUGAAAAUAAGGAUCGACGAAAUCAAGAUAGAAUUCGGGAUCUUGAGAAUCAGCUAGAGAAAGAAAGCUCUUGUAAGUCAUCACUUGAAAAUAAAGAGCGGCGUUUGUUGGACAAAGUUAAAGGUUUAGAGAGCCAAGUUUCAAAUGAUGAAAUGACAAAGCAUCAACUGGAUAACAAAGUUGCUCAGCUUCAAGAGAGGAUUAAAGAUUUAGAACAACAGAUGGACAAGAAAGACAAACAGGCUGAUGCAACUGAAAAGCAAUUGGAAGAGAAAAUAAAACUACUUAAAGAUGAAGUGCGGUCUUAUUCAUCGAAGGAAAAACUUGGAGAAUCCCAUGAGAGACAUCUGAAAUCAAGGAUAGAGAACAAAGAACUUGAAAUUGAAAGAUUGAAAGCUGAAAAAACUGAUGUUAGGAAAAGAGACAAGUUGUGCAGAGAAAAGAUCAUGGAACUUGAACAGAAGCUAGAACUGGAAACCCUCGAGAAGCAAAGACUGGACAGAAAGUGCAGACAACUAACAAGGCAAAUUGAGGACACUGAACGUAACUCAGAGAAGUUUAAUUCUGAAAAGAAUGAAAUGAAGAAAAUUGAACGUCUGCACAAAGAAAGAAUAAAAGAACUGGAAGCAGAAAUACAACACAAAACUAAAGCUAAGGUCUCAAUAUCUCGAUCUGUGAGUGUAAAUCGAAUGCAGAGCAGAUCAGCAGAAACAAACGAAAAGACAGAAGAGAAAAUUCAAAUACUCCAACAGGAUAAAGCCCAUCUAGAAGCUCGUGUGUCUACACUGGAACAUAUUGUUGAAGAAUACCAAAGCAACAUAACUGCCUUAAAAGAAAACAUUAAAAAGCAAGACAAAUCCAACAAAGAACUUGUAAAAAGUUUAACAGAAGAAUUAACAUCUUGGGAAGAAGAAGCAUCUAAAAUGAAAGAGCGUCUGUUGUUACAAAUUGAUAAGAUAAAAACACAGCGAGAUAAAGCUGAAGAGAGAUUUCAAAGCUCUCAGUCUGAUCUUGAUAAAUGGCAGCAAGAAAUAACAAAAUCAGAAGAGAACCUUGUGGAUUAUCAGAGGCAAGUCAAAGUGCUGCAGAAGGAACUGGAAGAAACCCAUCGCAGUUGGAGUCAAACUCAGUGGGAGCUGGACAAAAUUAAGCGGGAACAUGAUAAACUUGAGUAUGCUUAUAUGGAGAUCUCCAAGAGGUUGGCAGACAACACCAUUGACCAAGAAUCUGUGUCGAGCCUUCAAACAACCAACACACACUUGGUAAAUGAAGUGAAAUUAUUUAAAUCCAAAGAAGAAAAGGCUGUCCGAAUAUACAGAGAAUAUGAGGACAAAUACAAGCAUUCCGAGAAAGAGAAGCAUUCUAUAAAUAUGGAACGGCAAUCUCUGCUACAUGAAAUUCAAGACCUUCAGCAUCAGUGUGAUAUGGAAAGAAGGGUUGCAGACAACCUGAAAUCUGUGUGUAAAGAACUGGAACUCCAAGUCAUUGACUACGAGGGUAUUAUUAAACAAUAUGAACAAAAAGAAUCUGACUGGAAUACAUUAAGGUAUUUGCUUCUCUUUAAUUUUUAACUAUUUGCCUUCAUAGUUCUUAGU